CGUCUAGAGCUCUCCAGCCAACGAGCCGCCAGGGGGCGAGACCAACUACUAAGCGGGCGGCAGAGCGCCGAGCCGGGACGGGAGGGGACGAGGCGUGAGGGUCUGGCGGCGGGUGGACGAGGGCAGGUGCGGGGCAGCGCAGCCCAUUGGCCCGGCCGAGGGCGGGGUGCGGCGCGGUGGUGAGAUGGCGGCGGAGGCGGCGGAGUCCCUCCCUCGGCGCGUGGGCUUCGUGGGCGCCGGACGCAUGGCGGAGGCCGUCGCGCAAGGCCUCAUCCGAGCAGGAAAAGUGGAAGCUCAGCACGUGCUUGCCAGUGCGCCCACUGACAGGAACCUCUGCCACUUCCGGGCCCUGGGCUGCCAGACCACCCACUCCAACCUGGAGGUGCUGCAGGGCUGCUCCCUCGUCUUCUUUGCCACCAAGCCCCAUGUCCUGCCGGCCGUCCUGGCAGAGGUGGCCCCUGUGGUCACCGCAGAGCAUAUCUUGGUGUCUGUGGCUGCUGGGGUCUCUCUAAGCACCCUGGAGGAGCUGCUGCCCCCAACUGCACGAGUGCUGCGGGUCUCGCCCAACCUGCCCUGCGUGGUCCAGGAGGGGGCCUUGGUGAUGGCGCGGGGCCGCCAUGCCGGCAGCAGUGAGGUUGAGCUCCUGAGGACCCUGCUAGAGGCCUGCGGGCAAUGCGAGGAGGUGCCCGAAGCCCAUGUGGACGUCCACACUGGCCUCAGUGGCAGUGGUGUGGCCUUUGUGUGCGCCUUUUCAGAGGCCCUGGCUGAAGGUGCCAUCAAGAUGGGCAUGCCCAGCGGCCUGGCCCACCGCAUUACUGCCCAGACCUUGCUGGGGACAGCCAAGAUGCUUCUGCAGGAGGGGCAGCACCCGGCCCAGCUGCGGACGGACGUGUGCACGCCGGGCGGCACCACCAUCUAUGGGCUGCACGCGCUGGAGCGGGGUGGGCUGCGUGCAGCCGCCAUGAGCGCCGUGGAGGCUGCCACCUGCCGGGCCAAGGAGAUCAGCCGGAAAUAGGGCACAUGGGCGCUGGACUUGGCCACAGCCCCGAGUGCCGCCCCUCCCUUCCUCUCUCCCUGGCCCCUUCCGAAGACUCUGUAGGCCAGUGAAGGAGCUGCUUGAGGUCUGAGGGUAGCUGGAGGACGGGGCCUGGCCAGCCGUGAACAUGGCUGGUCCUGGGCCCCUCCCCAGACCCUAAGCUCCUGGCAAGUGGCGGAUGGAGCUGGCCUUGACCCUUCCCUGCUUGGAGAGUCCUGAGAGUCCCGUGGCCUGGCCUUCGACUGCAGGAUUUGGGUCUGUAGCAUGUCUGCGAACGGGCCAGCAGGGCAGGAGCCAGGAACAUGGGGCCUGAAGCAAGGACAUGGAGCCUUUGGGGGGGGCUGCCUGCAGCUCUCUGCUGUGCUACCCCCAGGGCUCUCGGGGGGCUCCCCACAUGACAGAGCCCCCCCCCCAGGCGGAGGCGCCAGUUCUUGUUGCAGCCUGACAGCUGAGACUGGAGGCAGAGGGUCCUCCUGCCUGUAAGAUGGGGUGAGGCACCUGGGUGGCAGCCUCUCCUUCACUCCCUGCUGCCCUGCCACCCUGGGGGAGCCCCCAUUCCAGCCUUCACCAGCCGCUGCCCAUCUGAUCUUGACCCUCACUCAUUAGAGGGUCGGCCUGAGUCUGUUUCCGCACCUGCUUUCUGUACCUGUAAAUGGAAAUAAAGACGCCACCUAGCA